CGAGGAGGCCGGGACAGUGCGAGACGGACCUCCGAUGAGACGACCACCCACAUGAACGUCAGCUGUCUUUCUCAUCUGUCUGGUCGGGAACUUGUCUCAAGCUGCUCGAUAGCAGCUGAAUUUCGUGAAGUGCGUGCCGUAAUACGUUUCAUUUCGUUCCGCAACAACGGAAUACUUUAGCCCGCAGGGAUUGCGACCGUCCUAAAAUGGCUGUUAGACCAAAUCUCAUGGACGUAAACACACUUUAUGAUUUGAGCUCUACAGUCGUAAUUAACUACUUUAACUUAUACGAAAAGGACCUGAUAUCUCUUCCCGACAACAUUCUGUUUGAUCUCUACUACAAGCUCUACAAGGACAACAGAAUAUGCUUACUAGGAUGGGAAUUGGUCGAUUUGAAUGUUUUUGCACGGAUGCUGAAAGUUACGCACAAGCGGUUGCAACUCCUUCAAUGUUUUCAGUCUCUCAUGGAUCAUGGAACAGAUAUUUCAAAGGAGUUAGCAGUGUCUUAUGCUGACAAAUGUAUGUGCUCUCAAAUGUGUCCCUCUCUUCUGGAAUCAACAAUUGAUUUAGGCCUGAGAUUAGGAGCUUUCUUGAGUGAUGCUGGAUGGUUCAAAGACAGUGAAAGUGUACUAGUUCAUUGUAGGGAUCUUUGCUUAUGUGCCCGUGAGACCCCUGCUUCACUUAGAAGAACACUUGAGUGUUAUCACAAACUAUUUAAUGUUCAAGCGGCCUACUGUCUGUUUCCUGAGGCAGCCCAGACUUACCAGGAAAUUCAUGAACUUAUUCUGACCUUAAGAAAGAUGAAUGAACUCCCUAAUCUAGCUGCCUUGUACAAAGAAUUCUCAAUUCACUUUUUCCUACGCAGUGAAUAUGACAAAGCUCACAAAUGGAGUGUUGAAGCUUUAAAGCAACUUGUGCCAGGUCUCCCUGCCACUGUUGUUAUUGAUGUCUUACGGCAGUUGUCCAAGACCUGUGUUGUGAAACGUCAAUUUAAGAAGGCUGAAGUUGUCAUCCGGCAAGCAGUCCGCAUGGCCAAUGAAGUUUAUGAGCCAAAUCACUUCAAGCUUGCAGAUGCCCUUCUUGACUAUGGUUUUUUCCUUCUUAACUAUGACUGCAUCAACCACUGUGUGAAAGUAAUUAAUAAGGCACUUGACAUCAAAAAGGCAACAUAUCGCCGUAAAAAUAUAUAUGUUGCAUCAGCUUUGGAGGAUCUUGCCUAUGCCCUUUAUGUCUAUGAAUACAGCACAGGAAGAUUUAAGAGAGCAAGAGACUUUUCUGAAGAUGCCAUUGUUAUUCUGGAAGAACUUUUGCCUCCCAAUCACCUAAUGCUGUCAUCAGCAAAACGUGUGAAGGCCUUAAUCCUGGAAGAAAUAGCACUUGAUAUGCAGAGCAAUGCACUGGUAGACUCCCUCCUGCCUGAUGCAGAACUCUUACAUAUAACUGCAUUGGAACUAUCAGUCAAAGCUCUUGGAGAUAAUAAUGUCCAAACUGCUAAACAUUAUGGUAAUCUAGGAAGAUUGUAUCAAAGCAUGAAGAAGUAUAAGGAAGCAGAAGAAAUGCAUCUCAAAGCAAUUGCCAUCAAAGAGGAGAGACUGGGGAAGGAUGACUAUGAAGUAGGGUUAUCUGUAGGCCAUCUUGCAUCUUUGUAUGCCUACCAUACUAAACAAUAUGAAAAAGCAGUUGAACAUUAUUUACGGUCAAUUGAAAUAGGUUUAAAACUCUUUGGUGAAACUUACUCUGGUUUGGAAUAUGACUACAGAGGCCUUUGCCAUGUGUAUGGAAAACUUCACGAUGUAGAAAGAGUUGCACACUACACCUUUGUACUGAAUCAAUGGAAAGUAUUGAGAGAACAGCUGAGUAUGCAGGAGAGUAAGAUAGUCCUUGAUGAAACAGGCCCAUUGCAGCCCCUUCCUGACAUUAUUGAUUUCUUUUUUAAAGAUUAGCAAGGUCUCAAGAAGUAAUUCUUCAACGUUGAAGGUGAUGUGAUAAGUUUUCUGCAACUGUAAUUGAGACUUGUUCCUACCCCCCAACCCCCUUCCCUCCCCUCUCCUUUUUUUUCUUUUUUUUUUCAAGACUGAGCCUUUGUAUCUUUCCAUCUGUCUUAAACUCUGAUGUAAAGGCAUCAGUUUUUCACAUUUGAUUUUUUUUAAAGUACCACUUGACACCUGACUUGUGUAAACAUUUAUAUAACUGUGUUUUUGUCGACUUAUUAUUGAUCUAGAUCAAAGCUGACAUUUGACUGACAUCAAACAGCGGGAAUCUGAUACGGCUUGCCUGACAAUAGUGUGUUAUUUCAAUUCCGAAGUCUAGGUCAAGUCAUUUUUCAUGUUAAAUUUGAAUAUCGUUUUCUCUAUUGUUAUGAUAUUUUUAACUGGCUUGUUAAUAGCUCCCCCAUAUAUUAAUGCACUUCAUUUUGCAAUUUUUUGAUUGUAUUAUUUGAUGGUAAGUGCUUUGAUUCAUUGAGAGGUCAGGAGAGAAAUUAUUUGGAAGCAGUAUUUUAUUGUCUCAUAGUGAAAUCCUUCACUUGCUGACUCUUUAGUUCAUCCUCUCAGUCUUCAUUCUUGCUUUCAAGCUUUUAUUUAUUGCAGUGCCACUAGUUCUUAGUUCUAAGUUUGAGAUUUUAAUUGAAAAUAGUGUGACAUUACCUAAUAAACUGUCCUUGACUUUGUGUAUAAUAGACUUUGUAAAUGUUACUGUAGUGAUAUAGUCACUCAAAGAGGUUGAGGUUGACUUUUCAAACACCUCAGAUACCUUCCAUCCUGUAAUAACU